AUGGGUCUCAGCAGAGCAACAUUAGGCUUCACGGGCCUGUUUUUCAUGGCAGCGUCGAUUUUACUGAUCUUCCUCACUUUGUUGGGAGGUGCACGUAACAGCAAUCCGUUGAACCGAAUUUACUUCCUCGAGGCGGACACGGGAAAUAUCCCAGGAGCAUCGUCAACCUCGCGUUGGACAUUCUGGAACCUCUGCGGAGUGAAGGACGGCAAGAAUGACUGCGGAGAUACCCAUGUGGAUUUCCCAUUCGAUCCCCCAAGCCACCGUAACUUCGACACCACCGAUAAUAUCCCUAGUCAGUUUAUCGGAACGAACCACUACUUCUUGAUGUCACGGUUCAUGUUCCCCUUCAUCAUCAUCGGUCUGUUCUUCGCCGUGUGCUCUUUCUUCACUGGCAUGCUGGCCAUCUGCACCCGCGUUGCCAGCUACCUCUCCGGUUUCCUGGCCUGGAUCGCUCUCACUUUCCAGAUCAUCACGACCUGUCUCAUGACUGCUGUCUUUGUCCAGGGCCGUCACGCGUUCAACAGUAACGGCCAACACUCAUCCCUCGGUGUAAAGGCAUUCGCCUUUAUGUGGACCGCAUCUGUCUGCCAGUUCCUUUCGUGCUUGUUGUACUGCCUCGGUGGUGCCGUUGGCCGGAAAGAUACUAGCAGUGGAUACAGUGGACGCAAGGAGCGCCGCCGUGGUUUCUUCUCCUCGCAGCGCUCAAACAGCGUGAAAAGUCAGAAGAAGGAAGCCACAAACUACGCUUAA